AUGCGUGCAGAAACAAAGCCUAUUCUCUCCGAGGCGGAUUUGAAUACGUUCAAGCCUCCAGCUCCUGAGACUGUUAAGAAGCCAUGGGAUGGUGAGCAGGAGAAUUUAUCGACGAUGGAACCAGAGGCUCAAAAUGUCGUGCAAGUGGAUUUUGGGGAGUCUAUCUCGGAGGCCACUGGACUUGAACCAAAAGAUGAGAUUACUGCGCCAAAGAAUAAUAUUCGAUAUAAAUUGGUCGUUGAUGGUCCCUGGGGUGAGACUACACUUCGACAAACAGAUGAUCCAUUCGAUUUGCGAGCGGCAGGACUCGAUAUCGAUACGAUUCCCAGGUCCGAUGCAGAUGAUGGACCCCCUCCUAUUAUUGAGGUGACUUCGUGGGCUAGAGGCCAAUUGAAAGGAAAAUGGCUAAGCUCGGAUGAGUGGGAGAAAGCGUUGGAAGAUAUUGACGACAAAAUUCAGAAACCGACUACUCUGGAUGAGAUUUAUCUUCGGGAGGUUACCGAUACUAAUAUGAUCGUUCAUUCGCCUUUGCUACUGGAAGUCAUUCGUCAGACUGUUGAAUAUUAUCCUUCCCAAAACCUGACUGGGGAUACCAUAAUAUUUGACGAACCGUACCGAUGCCUUGUUCAUCAUUUCCAGGACUUUGAAGAUCAAUAUCAGAAGGCCGUUGCCGAGGAAAAAAACAACUCCAAUGAAUUAUCAAAGCAGGUCAAGAAACAUAUCGAGGUUCUCCUCGAAUUUAUUCGUCCAUUUGAGAAAAAGUUAAAGCCGGUCCGUACUCGACUUGAAAAGAAGGCGCCAACAAUCCGAUUCGAAGACGUGUGGUGGAUUCUUCGCCCUGGAUCAUUUGCAUAUUUCCUCCAUGAAGACAAGUGGAUCGGUUGUGUCAUCAUGUCCGUCAAAUGGAAAGUCAAGAGCAACAUCAGCAAGUGGAAUAUUUGGGUAUGGUUUCUUGAUGAAUACUGGCAGGACAGUGGUCCUUGCAUGCUUGAGCGAACUUUCAAGAAAUUGUACAUCCCUACGUUUGAGGGGGAACGUGCGAUUAACGACCUCCCUAUUAUUCCCCAGUCCUUCCAUGACAAAACAGAUAAAGGGGAGAGAUUGGCCGCGAUCGAAGCUCGAAGUGAGAAACGUCUCUUAAUCUUGAAAAAGCGCAACAUGCAGGUAAUGCACAGUGGAAGAACUCUGGAUACGGAUGAUGAUGACAAAGGAGAGCGAAAUCUGACUGCUCCCGUUAUUGCGGAUGAUAUGAUCGGUCAGAGCUCGAAUGUUUUGCCUUCGUCGAAUUGGGUUUUCACUGUGCCUUUCAUUCCUCGGGAUAAGGCUACCAUAGAUGCUCAACGCGAAAACACGGAGCUUCGCGGAAUUCGCGUAUCAGAGUAUCAUAAAGUGGAUAUUUAUAACCCUGAGAAAGUCACUAAGAAACAUCUCUUUCUGUUGCUUCCUAAAAUUGCAGCAUUUGCACCGGAUACCAAGUCAUGGCAUAUUGUCCACGUGGAUAACGUCGAGUUCAUGGAUGGGGACUCUUCUCGUGCUAAAUUGGUCAUUGAGGACUCUAAUAUUGAUAUCAUCCGGGCGCUGUGCUCUCCCAUUCUGAGUGGGAAACAAUCCUGGUCGCCGGAUUUCAUUCGCAGCAAAGGUGAAGGUGUUGUGAUCCUCUUGCAUGGUCCUCCCGGAGUGGGAAAGACGUAUACAGUUGAAGUGACGGCUCUUACGAGUGGCAGGCCAUUGCUUAGCUUGACAAUCGCAGAUCUCGGAACAAAAGAGGAGACGAUCGAAGAGAAGCUUUCGCAAUGGCUUUCACUAGCAGAGCGCUGGAGAGCUGUUCUCCUCAUUGACGAAGCGGAUAUCUUCCUCGAGCGACGAAAGCACACAGAUCUUGCCCGUAAUGGCAUUGUGUCUGCUUUCCUUCGUAAAAUGGAAUAUUUCCGCGGGGUGCUCUUCCUGACUACCAACCGAGUGGGCCACAUUGAUGAAGCUUUCCUCUCCCGGGCACAACUGAUCAUCGGCUACAAACCGCUUGACGAAGAUAAAAGGAAGAAGAUCUGGGAAGGGUUCUUUGAGAAACUGGCCAGUGAGCGUAAGGGUAAGAUUCGCGUGGGGAGGGAAGCUAAACGAUGGGUGCUCGAGGACAAGGAAGUCCUGAAAGCGGAGUGGAAUGGACGUGAGAUCCGCAAUGCUUUGUACACGGCUAUUUCACUGGCUCAGUACGAAGCCCGAAAUGACGAGGAUGAAGAGGAGAUCCUAGUGGAAAGCGAACAUUUCCGACGAGUUUUGGAAGUGAGCCAGCAGUUCCGCCAGUAUUAUAACAGUAUCAAGCACGAUACAUCGAGUUCGCGGGCAAGAGAUUUGUAUGGACGAAAUGAUGAUUAUUGGACUGAGAACAAGGACGAGGAGUGA